GUCUAACAUUAGUGCACCGCAAAAGACCAGAUCCCUAUAAACAAUUGUGACAUAAAAAUAGCAUAUAAAUUAUUCUCAUUAUCAACAAGCACGUGUGCGCAAAAGCUUAGAGGCUAUGGCUUCCAGUGAAGAGUUCAGAUUGGUAUUACCAGGCAUAGACCACGAAGGAAGGCUGCCCAGAAAAUACACAGGAGAAGGCCAAGGGGCAAAUAAGAACAUAUCUCCACCAAUAGAAUGGUACAACGUGCCGCAGGGGACCAAGAGCCUCGCCCUGGUUGUACAAGACAUUGAUGCACCCGACCCGAAUGGCCCGAUCGUGCCGUGGACCCACUGGGUGGUGGUGAACAUCCCACCGACUGUGAAGAAGCUGCCAGAGGGGUUCACUGGGAAAGAGGAGGAGGUGGGGGGUGAUUAUGGUGGGAUCAAAGAAGGGAACAAUGACUGGAAGGUGCCUGGGUGGCGAGGGCCGAAAUUGCCUAAUCAUGGCCAUAGGUUCGAGUUCAAGCUCUAUGCUUUGGAUGAUGAACUGCACUUUGGUCACAAGGUGACGAAGGAGAAGGUUUUAGAAGCAAUUCAAGGGCAUGUGUUGGGAGAAGCCGUCUUGAUGGCCAUUUUCUGAUGUUAAUUAGUAUUUUUAGUUGUUUGGAUGUUGUAUUGCGACUUGUAGCUAGGUCAUGUACUUUUUUUUUUUUUUUUUUAAAUUAUGAAUCAAUGAAACAUUUCACAACUUCAUUUAUGCAAGUUGGUCAAGCUUCACGCCAUUAUUAAAACAUUUGUAGCUUAAAUGACCGUUUGGCAUUGAUUUAUUAGAA